AAUAUUUUUACCAUAUACUCCAGUUUAGCUUACACAGUACGAACGAACUUUCAAAGUAGCAAUUCACUGCGCUUCCUUUCCAAGAAACUCUUUCUUGGGAUAUUCCUACUGAAUGCGAACGAGUGCAAGAACUUGGAAGACUCCUCUUCAGAUUUUGAGGAACGCUAUCUUACCUAUCUGACCUUUCUUAGUUUUGGAAGCCUCAAGUUUGGGCAGACGAGAAGUUCCUAGAUUUUGUACCUAUCCUGAUUUAGUCUGUUGUGCCGAAAUGGAUGUAACUCGAUCUAACCCAGGAUUCCAAACGGAGAUAAAUUGGGACAAGCUUGAUAAAACAAAGUUUUAUCUGGUAGGAGCUGGAAUUUUUUCAGGGCUCACUGUUGCUCUAUAUCCUAUAUCAGUUGUUAAGACAAGAUUGCAGGUGGCUGACCAUGCUGUGGAAAAGAAUGCUUUAUCGGUAAUCAGGGGAGUUUUAAGGACAGAUGGGAUUUCUGGUUUGUAUAGAGGGUUUGCUACAGUUGUUACGGGAACAAUUCCAGUUAGAGUUAUAUAUCUGACUGCACUAGAGAUGACCAAAGUAGCUGCUCUAAAGAUGACUGAGCCAUUCAAGUUUUCAGAACCUCUACAGGCAGCCAUUGCAAAUGGAGCUGGUGGAUUGAUAGCUUCACUCUGUUCACAGUCUGUUUUUGUCCCCAUUGAUGUGGUUAGUCAAAGGUUAAUGGUGCAAGGAUACUCGGGCCAUGCUAGCUACAAUGGGGGGUUUGAUGUUGCUCGCAAAAUUCUGAAGUGUGAAGGCAUCCGUGGACUAUAUAGGGGAUUUGGUCUCUCUGUUAUGACAUAUGCACCAUCAGGGGCUGUAUGGUGGGGAAGCUAUGGCUCAAGCCAGCGCUUCAUAUGGAGGCACUUGGUUGAUAUGAAUGAGCAGAAGGAACUUGAUCCUAGUGAUGGGAUGAUAGUGGCAGUUCAAGCUGCUGGUGGAAUAGUUGCAGGUGCUACUGCAUCAUUGGUCACCACACCAUUUGACACCCUCAAGACACGCUUACAGGUACAUUUUCUUGGAUGAGCACUGCUGUGGCAUACGUACUAUGCGGUCUGGCAUCACUAAGACUUACCUUAAUAUACCCCCUCGAGCCCUAUAUGGUGAAGGCACUAUUUUAAUUAUGACAAGGUAAAGGGGCACGGAGACAACAAAGCUACUGCAAGGCAAGUUGUUAAAGAACUUCUUUUAGAAGAUGGUUGGACGGGAUUAUACAGAGGUCUGGGUCCGAGGUUUGUCAGCAUGUCGGCAUGGGGAACAUCUAUGGUACUAGCCUAUGAAUAUCUAAAGCGUCUGUGCGCAAAGAAUGAUUAGGUUCUCCCUCAACCAUUCGCUGAGUGGCUCGCAUUUUGGAGCAUAUAUCAAUUUUGCUAACCGCACAACCUCUCACUGCUCGUACACACGGUGGAGUAGAUUGUAAUUUGAAUUUCACAUUUUAGUUGACUGGGAAGCAAUGAUAUCCUCAGCUUGUUAAUCUGAUGAGAAAUAGUGAUUCUUGCAGUUUAAUAAAUUUGAGUCUACAAUGGUUCAAACAACUAUUUUUUGGAUAAUUGUUCUUUUGUUCUAAUCUACUAGAUUUUCUAACAAAA